CACGGCAAAGCAGUUUAAACUUUGAAGUCUCCCAAGAAGCUUCAUAGCACGCUCAUAUUACUCUUAAGUACUCGUCUUCUCCGCUGCAUAACGAUGGAAGUGGUUACAAGGAUGGUUGCAGACAGGCCGGUGGUGAUCUUUAGCAGGAGCACUUGUUGCAUGAGCCAUACCAUCAAGACUCUCAUAGGUGGCUUUGGGGCAAAUCCUACAGUUUACGAGCUCGACGAAAUUCAGAACGGGCAACAAGUUGAAAGGGCACUGCAGCAGCUGGGGUGCAAGCCCAGUGUACCGGCUGUAUUCAUAGGGCAACAGCUCAUUGGAGGUCCUAACCAAGUCAUGACCCUCCAAGUCAAGAACCAGCUUGUCCCAUUGCUCAUAAGGGCUGGAGCUAUAUGGAUCUGAAACAGGAAUUGACUUUCUACACUCAAGUCCACUACCAUGCUGCUAAACAAAGUAACCAAAAUAAGAGAUAAGGCUUUAUCUGUGUUUCCUGUUGGGUUUCGUGGUAUAUAGAAUGAGUACUGUCACCUUUUAGAUUUUUUUGCAGAGCAUCCUUGUACACCGUUUUUGGGGCUGAGCAGGGUCACAGUCUUUUCCUUGUGCUGAAUUUAUAAGGAACUUGUAUUUUAACUUGCUCAUGUAAAAUCCCUUGUCUAUGCUAAAUAAAGGUAUAUCUGC